UGGCCUUCGUCGUUUACUCCAGACAACAAUUCAAAAUUGACUCUACCCUCGCAUCUGCUGAGCUCCAUCUACGGUUCCGCCAUCAUUGCUCAAUCAUCUGCUCCGGUUUCCCGAAUAAUUGGAGCCAUUUGGGCUGUCGCCGCACCCUGGCUUCAGAUUUCCUUCUUCUUCUUCUUCUGUUGAAUUUUCAGGCUUUGUCUGGAAUGGCGCAAGGGGAUUACGCCGAUAGCUUGCUGAAUCUCGAAUCCGUGAGGAAGAGUUUGAUUCGACAAGAAGACACAAUCAUCUUCAGUUUGAUCGAGAGAGCUAAAUAUCCUCUCAAUUUGCCCUUGUAUGAUGGUGAUUUGCUCGGUUGUAAUUCCUCUAGGUCUUUGUUUGAAUUCUUUGUUAAGGAGUCGGAAGCUCUGCAAGCUAAGGCCGGACGAUACUUGUGGCCGGAAGAGAAUGCCUUUUUUCCAGAUAAUUUGCCUACUUCUCUACUGCCUCCACUCAACCAACCACCAGUUUUGCAUCCUCGGAGUGCUACCAUUAACAUAAAUGAGAAGAUAAAGAAACUGUACCUUGACUCAUUGCUACCUCUCAUCGCCGCUGAAGGAGACGACAGGAACUAUGCAGUUACUGCUGCCAGUGAUCUAAACUGCUUGCAGGCCAUAUCUCAAAGAAUUCACUUUGGAAAAUUUGUGGCCGAGGUUAAAUUCAGGGAUGAUCCUGAGGACUAUAUUCCAGCUAUACGUGCUAAGGAUAAGGAAACACUGAUGAAAUUACUGACUUUCGAAAGUGUGGAAGAGAUGGUGAAGAAACGAGUGGAGAAGAAAGCGAAGAUCUUCGGGCAGGACGUGGGAGUCGAAGAUCAUUCCAGCAGCAGCAGCUCCUACAAGGUUGAUCCAUCAGCAGUUCGUAAACUGUAUGCAGACUGGGUGAUCCCUCUAACAAAAUUGGUCGAGGUCGAGUAUCUUCUUCAACGUCUCGAUUGACCAAUCCCAAGAUUCUCCUACAGACUAAAUAAUAGACUAGUGCAUGAAUAUUGAAUAUGCCAACAGCUGAUGGCUGUCUUUGAUUCCCAAAUGCAAAGUUGUCACAAUAAUCACACACUCGUUAAUUAUUAUGCAUUUCCUCACGUGCUAAUUGUAA